ACCAUACCAUGUACUGCCUGGAAGUGUAAUAAUAGACACACACACACACUCUAAGGUUUUGUAUUGCAUGAAGGCACAAGGGACCUUAUAGAAAUAGUCCCCAAGUUCCAUAUGUUUUUAAAAAAUAGUGUGAACCCGAGUUCGAACCUAAUGGUGGGAGAGUUUGGGGAUUUCCAGGCCGGGGAAAAAGGAUUACACCAUUAAGACAUGCCUGGGCAUGUUUGGGCAUGUCUGAACAAAGGCAAAAAGGCCUGCCACCAGUAGGUUUGGGCCCUGGUAGGAAGGGCUAAAAGGAAAAGGGUGGAGAUUCUCUCAAUCUUCACCAGCAUAAAAGGGAGAGCUCAGAAAGUGAGUCUUCAGUCUUGCUCCAGAGCCUGACUCAUGAGUUUUAUGUGUUGAAGCUUGUGAACACAUUAAACUCGAUUGUGCCGGAUUCAAUUGGUCUCCAGUGUUUCUCUGAGUACCAGCCAACCGAACCUAAGAUACUAAAUUAACACAGAGGACGAUUUGAAGAAAAGGCGAGGAUGAGGUCAGGAGCCAUCUGGCCCAAUUCCAGGCACCAAUUUUCGCUUCGUCAGGAAGCAGGUGAGUUUAUCUCCCGCCUUACAGGGGGAUAACUUCACAUUUUUGUAGCAGUGAUUGUUUUUCAGAGCCUGUAUUCUGGUCAGGGUGGGAAGCCUCUGAGGUGGCAUUUUACAUAAAGCAAGGUAGACACUUGGUGUUUCUCAGAGUCAAGGAUCCUGCAGAGAAAAGGAAAGAGUCCCUUUUAGCUGUCAUUGAAUACACAUUGGAGCAGGCUAACAAGUGUCCCAGGUGUGCGCCAUUAACUCUCUGGGGACUGACAGGGUUCCAGGGUACUGUGAUAAUUUUGGCACUCUCUAAUGUUGUACAGUUUGAACAAAUGCAAGCAGUAUUUUCAAAGUGACAUGACUUUUAGGGAGAAUGUAUUUCUGAAUUAUACUUAAAGAAACAAAUAGGCAGGCUAAAUGAAAUGUUUGUGGCACUUAGCCCUCUAUCACUGCUGUAAAUGAUUAAUUUAAACACUUUUAUGUUUUAUCUUAACCACGAUAUUUUAAAAAUCUCAUUAUUCGGCAGUGGACACAUUGGAAAGUGUAAAUUAUGUCAAUGAUUUUUCAUGCUUGUAUGAUAAAAACUCCUGGAGAUAUUAAUCCAAAGAAAUGACACAUUUAGCUCCACUGGUGCAGCUUCCAGCAAAUCGUGCGCAAAGAAUUGUGGGUACUUUAUACUUGCUGAGGAUACACACAUGCAUCCUUGAAAAUUCUCUGAAUGAUGGACUCUGUCCUUUGUAGAAUUUGAAGGAUCCUUGACAUUGGAACAGUCCUUAGGCGGGGAUCGAUGAUGUAGCAUCCUUGAAUUUGAGCCAUUUCAGAAUCCUUCCUGGACUGUGAGAAACACCCACUGUUUAACUUGCUUUUGAACCCUGGCACCUUUUUAAUCUCCACAAGUGCAUCAGUAUUAGGUGUGCAAAGUUAUUCAGUGGUCCUGAUUUGGCAGGCCAGUUGUUUUUUUUGUGGAAUAUUUUAUUUUCAGUUUAAAAACCGUAUAGAACACACACACACAAACAUGGCGCCAAAUAAUCCUGGCUUAAUCAGAGGACUAACGGUGCAUCGAUCUGAUAUCCUUUUUACAAUAAGGUGUUGGUAAAAUAUCAGUAUACAUCAAGUAGGGCUGCCCAAUCUUCAGAAAGGUGUUGACCCCAAAUUUGUGGGUCCAGUGGAAAAGCCAAUCCUACAAGUUUUGUCAUGACUUCACGAAAGACUUGCCUAAAUGUAUUGAGCUUUGUACGUGAUCAGGUCUUCAAGUUUUCAUGCUGUUUUAGAGGGAGACUAAAUCAGUUCAGCCAUCUGAACACCAAGCACGUUCAAAUUAAAAUUACUAACAGUAAGCUCCAACUUUAGCUGUAUGCAGGUGGAGAUUCUACAACUGCAGCAUGCAGCCGGCUGAAGCACAAACGGGUAUGUCUUUUACUCUCUGCAUGUGGACUACCAUGCUAUGCCAUUCCUCUGUGAAUAUAUUUGCCUGAUGCCUUCUCUGUUUGUAGGAGUUUCUACCAAAAGCCAGCUGUUUGACUCUCUGAAGGCAUAUCUGAACAACCCAAACAGACUACAACCUAUUAUUGGCCUGGGCAGUAUACUAGAAUGUGUGAAGGCCGGAACCCACAACACAGAGGUAUUGUACCUGUGUGAGGUAUGUGUGUGUCGACUUAGUAAAGCGGACAUGCGGAACCACAUUAUGGGGAGUCUCCACAGAUACAACUACAUUAAAGCCUGGCACCCGCACUUAGUGUCUGAGUGGAAGGAGAAGACUGACCUUUCUAAGCUGGCCCGGCCACUGAUGGAGAUGGCCAAGAUACUUGAGGGAAAAGAGGGACCAGGGGAUGUCCGGUGGUUAGAGGCUGACGACGCUGUAUACCAGAAGUUGGCGACACACAGUGAGAAUGACGCGGUAACUCUGAUAACUAUCUUAAGAGAUGGGCAGGGUGAACGUGAGAGCCAUUCAGAGACCGUAUCUAUGCAGCAGCAGCAGCACUAUCCCAUCCAGUCACAGAGGAUUGUAUUGCUUUCCCAGAACCCAGACACCCUCAAGACCACGGCAAAGACAAACAAAACUGUAGCUUUCAUCAAGUCAGAAAACUGGUUAAAGAACACAUCACCUGAACCCUCUGUGCUAUCAGACUACGGCAACAGCUUUCUUGAUGGCUACGCAGGGACCAAGCCUCUUAUUGGUCUGUUCCGCAUGGUUGAAUGUAGAAGUGAAGAUGGCUACACGCACUGUUUCUUAUGUCACUGCUGCCGCAUCAGAUCCAACAAAAUGGACAUCAUUGAUCACCUAACCACAUCUUCCCAUGUCGUGAACUACUUGAUGGAAACUUACCCUGAGCAGGUGGAGGUAAUGAUGGCAGAUACUGAUGACAGCAAUCAGCUUCUCCAAUCACUGGCCAAGAGAGUGGAGAGAGAAGAGGGCAGAGGAGAGCCAAAGGUGGUAAACGUACCAGAAUCCCUCUGUAUCCUAAUGACAGGCAAAAGUUACCACUGGUGUCUAAGGAUGCUACAUAGUGGUGGAUGGACACACGCUAAGAACCAGAAGUGGAAAAAAGCUGUCAAAGGGCCAAGUGUGAACAAGACAUUGAAUCAAGGCAUGCCAGAGAAAUGUGCCACGACGUUGUCAAAACGGGCAGAAAGGAGGAAAGCAAAGAGAAAACUGAGGGGAGUGACUAAUACUGUAUUCAAGGUAAGCCUGCCUCUUACCAAAGGUUCAGUGCUGCUGGAGAGGACCUCCGUGAGCAAGGACAGCCCCUCUGUGACAUCUGGAUACUCACCUUCACUGGACUUAGAUCUCAGUCCCCCGCCAGAGUCCCUGUCAGAGGACUGUGAGUUGGACUGUGACAGUGAAUCAUUUGCAGUUAACCAGGCUGUGCACACCUCACAACUUCAGCAAGACAUCUAUGGUGGACAUGAGGACACUUAUCAAUACAUGGAGCCGGAAAGGAACUUCACAGUCACUCAGUAUCAAGAGGUGGAUGGUUGUUCCAGUGACAACGAAUACUUUGAGCAGUCAGAGGACAGAACUGGAACAAAAUAUCAGAUGUGUGGGGACAAGUAUUACAACAGACAGCACGGUUCUCAAGAAAGUUCAAGUAAGAGGUUUUACAAAGAGUGGCAAACUGAAGGCUCCCAGACAGAAAACAAGUGGCUGUCAUCUGCUGCAUCACACGCUGAGAACUGGCCAUCUUAUAACUCCUCCUACAGACAUGAGGCAGGUGGCACUGAGCAGUGGUACAAUCCAACUACACAGAGUAAAGUUGCCACAAGAGUGUCAAGAGAGGAGAGACAGAACAAGAUAAGCUCACACGCUACUCAACAGUAUUACCAACAACAACCCAAAAAUCAGUACAUGGUACAAGCUCAUACAAGCCUUCAGCGAGGCGGUGUGGGUCAGUAUGGUUUGUCUGAUGAACUGGGUGCUCAUGCAGAUCCUGCUAGGAUCUACAUGCAUCAUCGUGCAGGAGAUUCCCUUGGUCACAGUGGCAGUAUUGCACCAGAACCAAGAGUGCGGUUUCUUGAUAAUGAACAGAGACAAUUGCAAACAUACAUGGAGUUCACCACUGGUCCUGUCCAGACAGCUCAACAUAGCUAUAUGACACAAUCUACAGCCCAUCAAGCCAUCCAGUACAGCCAUAGUGUGAUGUCUAACCCCAAUUACAAUAUUGGACCUAGGACAAACUCUGACCAGCGCUUCCCUCAUCCACUAAACAGUGGGGGUGGUGUGUCCCAAUCAAAUACUUUCAUCCCACCUGGGCAAGCUCCAGGUUAUGCACCUCACUCUGAUCGUAAUUUCCGAGCCACUGGUUUUUCAGAUUUGAGGACUUCAGGAAGUUCAGGUGGAACAACUCCAUUUAUGUUUGAAUAUCCCAAAUUUUGAUUCUGCAUACAUUACCACACUUGACCGAGACCAGAUUUCUACUGAAGGGACUUGCAUGCUCAUUUAAUGAAAUCACACUCAGAUGGUGCAGCCCUGGUUCUAAUUCUGCCCUGGCAUAUUUUUUGUUGUUGUUGUUCCUCUAAAAUGAACGAGUCGUUUUUUUUUUUUUUUUUGGUUUUUUAUUAUCUCAGAAUGAUGACUCAAGAAUGUUGGGGAUAAUUACAUCAUUUAAAGUGAAACGUACUGGCAUUCGUAUAUUUCUAGGUGUAACAUGUACACUAACCAAGUGAGGAUGAGUAACUUGCUCAGUAUAAAAGCUUCAAACUUUUUUCCAGUGUUGUAUAAGUUGUUUUGGUUCAGAGCAGCAACAAAGAAAUAAAAGUUGUCAAUCACACUGAAGCUGUGGUUUGUAGCUGUCAGUAAUUGAUGAACUACUACUAAUACUACAAAUAGCUACUUUUAUUUCCUUUGAGCCAAUAUGUCAAAUAUGACUGUAUUUAUGUACAAGCUGUGCCAAAAUAACUCCAAAGAAGAAUUCAUUUUAGAUUGCAUUAGCUGUGUGAUGGUUGUUAUGUUUGUGCUUAAAUGGAUUUUCUAAACCUUUGAAGAGAAAUGUUAAUGCGAUAAAACAAGAUCAAAUGUACUGCUUUCCUAAUUGUAUUACAGUAAAAAUGGCUGAGGUUGUUUCUAUGAUGUUUGGAUGACCUCUUUUUGGUUAUUUUGUGACCAUUAAAGAUAGUAUAUUUAUGUUGAAUAUGUCCAUGUGUUAUGGAAUGCUACUGAUAUUGACUCUAAGUUUCCAAAAACAAAACUUGGGAAAUGAUACAAAUGAUUAAUCUCCUUCUCUUUGGAAAUAUAAGGCUCUGUAACAUCAGUAUAUGUUGUAUGUUUACAUUGGCAGCUGUUGUAACAAUGCAAACAUCUAAUGCUGUGGUGCAUAAUAAAGUUUUGUAAACAUCUCUUAA